UUGGGUGAUACUAUUCUCGCAUCCCUCGGACUUUACACCCGUCUGCACUACAGAACUGGCGCGUAUGGCCGUGCGACUGCCAGAGUUUACGAAGCGCAAUGCCAAAUGCUUGGCACAUUCAGUCGAUGACAUAGAAACGCAUAAUAAAUGGGUGAAAGACAUUCAAUCGUAUUGCAAAGAGAUACCCGAAGAGUUCCCCUAUCCCGUUAUAGCCGAUCCACGCCGUGAUUUGGCUGUACUCUUUGGCAUGUUGGACGAGGAUCAGAAACGUGAUCCGGUUAUUGCACAAACCAUACGCGCGCUCUACAUCAUCAGUCCCGAUCAUAAAGUGCGUCUGUCGAUGUUCUACCCCAUUGCUACGGGUCGUAAUGUUGAUGAGAUUCUGCGCAGCCUUGACUCAUUACAAUUAACUUACAAGCUAAAGGUUGUGGUUACGCCCGUCGAUUGGACUCCUGGCAAUAAGGUUAUGAUUCAACCGGAGGUCACCGAUGAUGAGGCAAACAAAUUGUUCCCAAAAGGCUUUGAAAAGGUGCCAUUGCCUUCUGGGCUGGAUUAUGUUCGCACAACUGAGGAUUACUAAUCCAUUUUCAAUGCAAAAAUUAUAUACAUAUAUAUAUAGAAAUUAUAAAUUUUUCUCAAUACGAGUUAAGUUGAUGCCCUUUGACGAAUAGCACUGUGCUGAUCAUUUUAAAAAUGAUUUUGCGCUUAAUUUUAUAACUGUUUCGAUUGAAUGUAAGAAAAAAAAAUAAAUUUUAAGUACAAUUCAUUUACAAA